AAAAACCCGGCCCGCUCCCACGCUGUGUCACACCCACCUGCCACCUCGCCGCGACGACCCCCUCGCCGCCGGCCGCCACCGCGCGUCAACUGCCGGCGAUGCCGCCCCCUUCCCUCCUGCUCCUCCAUCCACGCACGCCGCUGCCGCACCACCACCGCUCCUCCUUCCGGACGAGCUCUCCGCGGCCAUCCAGGAUGGUCUGCGCCGCUGCCGAGGGGUUUAUCUCCGCGGCGCCGAUCCUCCUCCCCGACGGCCCGUGGAAGCAGGUGGAAGGCGGCGUCACGGCGGCGAAGGGGUUCAAGGCGGCGGGUAUCUACGGCGGUCUGCGCGCCAAGGGCGAGAAGCCCGACCUUGCGCUGGUCGCCUGCGACGUCGACGCCACUGUCGCGGGAGCUUUUACUACGAAUGUUGUUGCUGCUGCACCAGUUUUGUACUGUAAGCGUGUCCUUAAUUCAUCAAAAACAGCUCGAGCUGUGUUAAUUAAUGCUGGACAAGCAAAUGCAGCAACAGGUGAUGCAGGAUAUCAGGAUACAGUGGAUAGUGCUGAUGCUGUUGCCAAGCUUCUUAAUGUGAGCACAAAUGACAUACUGAUCCAGUCCACUGGUGUUAUUGGUCAGAGAAUAAAGAAGGAGGCACUUGUAAAUUCACUUCAUAGACUUGUGGGCUCACUGUCUUCAUCCAUUGAGGGUGCAAAUUCUGCAGCUGUGGCCAUUACAACUACAGACCUUGUUAGCAAGAGCAUCGCUGUACAGACAGAGAUUGGAGGAGUGCCUAUCAAAAUAGGAGGAAUGGCCAAAGGUUCUGGGAUGAUUCAUCCAAAUAUGGCAACAAUGCUUGGUGUUUUAACAACUGACGCUCAAGUCAGCAGUGAUGUUUGGAGAGAAAUGGUCCGAACAUCAGUGAGUAGAAGCUUCAAUCAAAUAACAGUGGAUGGUGAUACGAGUACCAAUGACUGUGUUAUUGCUCUGGCUAGUGGGUUAUCUGGUUUAUCCAGUAUCCUUACUCAUGAUAGCACUGAAGCUCAACAGUUCCAAGCAUGCUUAGAUGCUGUAAUGCAAGGUCUUGCAAAAUCCAUAGCAUGGGAUGGUGAGGGUGCAACAUGUCUAAUUGAGGUUACUGUAGCUGGUGCCAAUAAUGAGGCUGAAGCAGCUAAAAUUGCUCGUUCAGUGGCAUCUUCCUCCCUGGUUAAAGCCGCUGUAUUUGGAAGAGACCCAAACUGGGGACGUAUUGCUUGUUCUGUCGGUUAUUCAGGCAUUCAGUUUGAUGCGGACCAGCUUGAUAUUUCCCUUGGAGCUAUUCCACUAAUGAAAAAUGGUCAACCACUCCCAUUUGACAGAUCUGCGGCCAGCAAGUAUCUGAAAGAUGCUGGAGACAUCCAUGGUACAGUGAACAUUGAUGUAUCAGUUGGGAGGGGAGGAGGAAGUGGAAAGGCCUGGGGCUGUGAUUUAAGUUAUAAGUAUGUCGAGAUAAAUGCGGAAUACACGACGUGAAAGUCUUACACUGUCUAUGAAGAACGGUCUCCGCUUGAUGGAAAUGGAACGCUGUUCGGAUGCAGCUAGGCAUCUGAGCGAUCUGUAUCAUAUUGAGACUCGCCCUUUGUUGUAUCAAUCGGCUGAACGUGCAUUCUUUUGUAAGUGUAAGGAAUGCGCUAUACAAUGUUACGGCACAAUAAGUAAGCUGUCUGCCAUGCCAUCUGAUUCAAUUCUAAUUUAUAACAGUGACAGGGGAUGUUUGGGCGCACGCCGAAUAAAGUUUGUAUUUUUGUGUGCAA